UCUGCCAGCUAGCAAGUUUCUGAAAAAAAAAAAGAUCCUCGGAUAGUUGUGAGCUGAUUAAACACCGUCAGUAAACGCGGACUGUUCUCGAUGCCAGCGAUAUUAUAAUCCACGAUACAAAUAAUAAUUAUUUUCAAUUUCGUAGCAGCCUUUCAGAGACACCGCUUGCAGUUCAGACAAAUAAAUAAAAGUUGUUCUGAUCUGUUUAGAUUAGCUGUUAGCGGGAUUAGCUUCAGUCUUGGCUGCUUUACACACAGUAGAAACACCAUGAAACUCUACAGUCUGAGCGUCUUGCAUAAAGGCUCGACGAAGGCCAACCUGCUGAAGGCGGCGUAUGAUCUGUCCUCAUUCAGUUUCUUCCAGAGAUCCAGCGUACAGGAGUUCAUGACGUUUACCAGUGCGCUGAUUGUUGAGCGUUCAGCCUUAGGAAGCCGCGCGUCCGUCAAAGAGCAAGAGUACUUGUGUCACGUGUACGUACGAAAUGACAAUCUCGGCGGUGUCGUGAUCGCAGACAGUGAAUAUCCCUCCAGAGUCUGCUUCACUUUACUUGAUAAGGUGCUGGAUGAGUUCUCCAGGCAGGUGAACAGUAUAGACUGGCCUUCUGGUUCUCCGGCGACCGUUCAGUACACGGCACUGGACAGCCAUCUGGCUAGAUACCAGAAUCCACGCGAGGCCGACGCUAUGACCAAAGUGCAAGCAGAACUGGAUGAAACCAAAAUUAUUUUGCACAACACAAUGGAGUCACUGCUGGAGAGAGGAGAGAAACUGGAUGAUUUAGUUCAGAAGUCUGAGCAUCUGGGAAACCAAUCAAAAGCCUUUUAUAAAACGGCACGCAAACAGAACUCGUGCUGCGAGAUCAUGUGAUCGCGUCGAGCGCUCCGAUUGGACAGGACUCUCCGGCCACCCCUCGUCUCUGGUUUUCUAUUUUCCCUCUCUUUCUCUCUGUCCUGGUGCGGGCUGGUGCUUUUAUCGCGCGGCGGUCAUAGCGAACGCGCGAGAGGGCCGAUCAGAGGGGGGCUGAUUUCCCACGAUGCACCACACUCACUCUGCCAUCGGUUGUCACGUUGCGUGAGAACUUGAUUUUCUUCUCGACGGUUCCUCGGGGUCAAAACGGAUCCGGACAAAAGCAUAGAGGGGCUCGAGUCAAACGUCCCCGCUGUGCCUUAACUUUAGACGCAGGCGUGUUAACAUCAGACUGUUGAGUUAGCCUUAUCAACGGAGGACAGCGCUGCGAUCUCUGUAUCUAGACUCAUUAUUCGGCUUUGAAGCGCCUUGUAGAGUGAACAUGUAGCGUGACUUCUUUUAAAAUGUGAAACACGGUAAACGACGUGCUCAGUAUUGUGUUCAUAGCUCUCUCGAUAUUGUAAGUGACUGACCAAAAGUAAACGUGUCUGUUCGUGCACAGUUCUAACGCUUUGUCUCUCUUGGAAAUGUAAAUAAAUUGCUGAAUCGUA